CUGCGGCGGAGGGGCGGGAGAGGUGCGGCCGCGCCCCUCCCCUCCCCUCCCCGUCCGUUUCUCUCCGUCGGCUUCGGGCCGGGGCGAGGCGGGCGGAGAUGGAGGAGCCGCUGUGCUGCUGCGAGUACGUGGACCGGAGGGGUGAGCGGAACCACCUGGCGGCGUGCUGCUGCGACUGCGAGGAGCUGGACGAGGGCUGCGACAGGUGGCUGACCUGCAGAUCCCUGCCCCCAGGAGCGUUGGAGAGAAUCGCCGACACCGUUGCGGACCGAUGCCGCGUCCCUUGGUUUGCUGGGGCUGUGAAGGUUAACGUCAGCCUCGUGCCGCCCAUGGUCCUGCUCCCCGUCUUCCUGCAUAUCGCAGCUCUGCACUUCCUGCUGGGGCUGGUGGUGCUGACAUCGCUUCCCGCCGUGGUGCUGUGGUAUUACUACCUCACCCACAGGAGGAAGGAGCGGACUCUCUUCUUCCUGAGCCUGGGACUGUUCUCCCUGGCCUACAUGUACUAUGUUUUUCUCCAGGAGGUGGUUCCUCGAGGCCACGUGGGGUAUUCCCAAGUGACGCUUCUCACCUGUGGGCUCAUUCUUAUGCUUGCGGCUUUGUCGCGAGCCAAGAAGGACCCUGGCUACCUUCCCAUCUCAGCGGGUGAUGACAGGCCAUCCCAGCAGGCUUUUCCCAACAAGAACGUUCGAGGGAGCUCCAACGGGCUCCAUGGAGCUGCUGCCAGUGGCCAUUCUGUGAAUGGGGAGACCAAAGGCUACUCCAGAGUGCUGGCUGAGGAGCGGGAAGGUGUGAAAAUGGACUGGUGUGCCAAAUGCCAGCUGGUCAGGCCGGCCCGAGCAGGGCACUGCCGGCUGUGUGGCAGGUGUGUGAGGAGACUGGAUCAUCACUGUGUCUGGAUUAACAGCUGUGUAGGGGAGCAGAACCACCAAGCAUUCAUCCUUGCACUGUUCUUCUUCAUGCUCACCUCUCUGUAUGGGAUUAUGUUGACUCUGGACACCAUCUGCAGGGGACGAACCCCAUUCACAGCAUUGUUCUACUGCCCUGGGGCCUAUUCUGACUACAGCUCUGCUCUGUCGUUCACCUGUGUGUGGUACUGUGCUAUUGUAACAAUUGGCAUGGGAUACAUCCUCCUUAUCCAGCUGUUGAACAUCAGCUACAACGUGACUGAGAGGGAAGCUCGGCUGGCUCUGCGGGACAACUCUGGGCGCAGGCUCCUGGGUGGGUUAGUGAUAGACACUGGCCAAUAUAACAGGGGCUUUCUAUGCAACUGGGGCCAUUUCUUGAGCCUGGGCUCUCCCCACCAGCAGCGCUCUGCUGAAGACAUUGUGUGACACCCUUUUUUCUGCAGAUGACGUUGACUGACUUUCCUUAGCAGGGGAACAGCCCCUUCCACUAGAACUUCCUCCUCUACACCUUUCCUUUGUGGUUGGUGUAUGGGCUGCCCAUCCCAUCGCAGACAUCAGAGGCUUUCCCAAGCAAAAAUGAUUCUUUGUGUGCCAUCAGCCAGCAAUAGGAUGUGGAAAGCAGUAAGCCAUAUGCACAAACCUGGAGAGCGGGAACCCGCUGUCUCUUUGCACUGUGGGAAACUUUGUGCAGCUCAGCAGGAAGAAGAGCACAAGGUUAUAAAAACUUGAGUUUUCAUUAGGUUUGAACUCUGGCAUCAACGGGAACCUGCUGUUGGAUUUCAGACUGUAUGCUGUUUUUUGCAGCCUGAGGAAUCUCUGGCUUGUACCUACAUGCAACGCUUCAGUGUUGUUAGAAGAGUGAACUUUUAAUAUAGAAAACAGAUGGACUGGUGCAGAAGCCAUGCUGUUUAGUUGAAAGAAAAAAAAAAAAGACUGCUCAGGCAGUCACUGAGUGCUCCAUCAUCUCUGGUGCAUUUUUCUUUUUCUUCUAUCCCAUCCAGCUGUAUACAUGCUAUUGCUUGUAUUAAGUGCCUUUGUGAGCAACAUUCCUGUAGGGUAUUGUAAGAUCCUCUUGUCACUUGACCUGUCUCUCUGACUGGGUGAGAAGAGUGUCAUCUUUGAUCUCAUCAUUCUUUUUUGUAAGCUGAGUUUGUGUUGGUUUGAUGGCUUGUCUCAUCUCCCUCAAAAUAUUUCUGCUCUGAUUAUGGAUUCUGACAUGAGACAGCAGGUGUAAAUAUACAGAGUAAGAAGGAAAAUAUUUUGAAGAAACACGUGAUGUUUGACUGUGAGGGGAGAACAGACUGCUGCCUGAUGCUGUUGCUUUACAGGAACUGCCCUACUCCCUCCCUCUCAAGGAGGAGGGAGUCUGUGGGAGAAUUGACUUUGUUGCUAACGGUUUUGGUAAGCAACGUUUUGAUUAAUUGUGUUGCUAAUAAGAAUGAUGUGGUCUUUUCUGAACCCAGUCACUGGGGAGUUGCCCUGGUGCCUGACUGUGGUUUUCUCAAACCAGGAAGGUGAGGAACAGUUUGGUGUCUGCUUAUGUAGAGAGUUGGAGAGGAUGCUUUGGAGCUGGCAGCUUUUGGGGUAGGUGACCCACAGUGGCACGUAGAUGAAUGUAUUAAUUCUGUUGGUCAAGAAGACUGCGUGUCCUCCAGCAGCCUGCAACUGUAUUAUUGCCUAGACUUGAGCUUCAGCUGAAAUCAUAAGGUUUUAGUGGUGAUGGCUUCUACCCUCUUGGGAGUGUGAUUUUUGUUGUUUUUCAUUUUAAAUCCUUUCUGUGUGUUGGCCCUGCAGAAAGGUCUGGCUGGAAAAGUCUGGGACUGUGGCAUGAGAGUUAUGGCGUGAGCCUAAGAUGCAGAAGCAGUUGUAAGAGCCUCACCUUAGUUAAUGAUGCCUUCGGAUACGUGUGCAAUUUUCACAGAUCAAACUUGCCCAGCUUCUGCUUGUGUGGUAGGCAAUUAGGGGGUGUUGCUUGUGUGAUGCAAAUUCAGUGUGUGCUGUUGUACAUAUUCUCUAAAGAAUAGAUGGUACAUGGUGCUAAGGGACAGCAGAACUGGGACUGUUCCUUGAGAUCCCUGCCAUAUUUGGUGUGUAUGCUCCUGAGUAUGUGUCCCAGUUUAAGGUAAAGGGCAUGCACCUCUUUGCACUGUUUGGUUUCCUCACAUGGCACCUACAAUUUCUAUAACCAGCAGAUAACCAAGGAACAGCUGCACUUGGAAUGUGGCUGUUCAGAAACAGCUACUGAUUUACGGAGUGUCCUUUAUUUGUUACCCCUUUUCAACCAGCGAGCAGCUCUUUAAAGGAAGUAAAGGAGGCACCCCUUGUGCUUCCUGCCUCUUGUCUAACACGCUUAGAUUUCUGACAACUUCCCUGGCACUAGUGUGAAGUUAAAGAUACUCAACUGGACUCUGCUAUUUCUCUGGCAGCUAAGCAUGAUCUUCUAACUGUUUGGAUCUGGAGUCUGACCCUAGAAGUUUAGCUUUAUACAAAGAUCUCUCCUCCGUGUGAGUUGUCUGUAAAUGCUUCUGUGGAACAUAUGCAUUUUGCAGUGCCUGCUGAGAUGAGCUGGAGCCAGGGUUAGCAGGCUUGUGAUCUUCCCAAAAAAUCUUGUUCUGCUGCCAUGUGGGAAGAUGAAGCCAGAAUGAGCACCUGGACUAAACCCCCUGCUGUGAAGGUAGCCAACCUUUCUGCUCCUCUGAGUUACACACACAGACAUCAAUCACGCCUGUGAACUGAGCAAGCUCUGGGAGUGCUCACAGAUUU